AUGGGCUACGACCGGCCAUGGGAGCGACGAGGACUGCAGGCCGAGGGCCUCGAGGCAGAUCCCUACACUCUUCAGACGUACGACACCAGGCUUGGCAAUGUGUUGCUGCUGGCAACGCAUGAUGCCUUCUUCGGUGAUCGGUAUAGCCUGCUUACGCCCAACUACGGGGGUGGUGCAUAUCGGAAUUUGAGGAACAUCGUGGUUCCGCUUCCCUUCUCGCUGAACUGCACCUUUUGGCGCUCAGCGGUGGGACAAAGGCAAUCCUUCACGCGGCGGUUCCGAGUGAGCUUUGCGGGCUCUCAGAAUGGU